AUGAAAAGAACAGCUGAGCCAACACCAACUAAGCUAAGCAAUCUGUUUGAUUCUUCAGAUUCAUCAGCUUCUUCAAGUAGAGCUCAAUCUCCUGCUCGUCAUGCUUCUCCAAUGAUCAAAGCAAAAAAUAAUACAAGAAACAAGAAUGUUUGCGUUCGAAUUUUUUCUUCAGAUUUCUGUAAAGGUUUCUUUACUAUUUUGUUUUUGGUAUUCGCAAUAUUAGUCGGGCUCAUAAUUUAUAGAAAAUACACACAUGAGAUUCCAAUAUGCUCAUGUGACGAUAAUACAAAAGAGAAUAUAUCAAAAUGCUUCAACAUCUAUGAAGGUCUUGAUGGCAAUUGCUAUGAGAAACUUGAUUUCAACACCGAGAUUUCAUUUGCAACAGGAAGCCUUGUUCUAGUAGGAAUUAUAAUCAUGACUAUAAAGAUGUUUUGUUAG